AUGACUACUUACAUUGGUGAUACAACAAAAGCACCAACUGAAGAAUCAUCUUUUGCCUUCACUUCAGUAUUAAGCACGGUUCAAACAUCUACUAUAGGUGAAUUUUCAACUGCAAGUGAAAGCUCGAUCACAUCAUCUUCGUUAGAUGUGACAAGAUAUACUAAUACGUUCACGAAUGUUUCUGAAAUUAUGUUCAGUAAUGCUACUCGUUUGCAAACAUUAUUAUCAUCAGCGCCAGUGUCGAUUUUCACCUCUGAAACGGAUCAUACUACGACCAUUUGCCAUACAUUUCCUCAUGAAGCGUUCACACCGGUAUAUAGUGAAACAACAAGGACGACAACUUCUACACCAGUAAAUUCUUGA